GUUCACACGUUUAGUCAGCUGUGUUUUAACCUUUCAAUAGAACAAUUUAAAUCAUACGAAAUGUUAAAAACGAGUUGAUAAAACGUUUUAAAUAAAUCAUUCUUCAUGAUGAAUAAUAAAUUUUUACUUCUGGUGCCAGUAUUUACUCUUAUGUUGACAUAUUACUAUUAUUUUGACGAAGACCUUAAAAGAGAUAAUGAAAAUAUUUUAAUUUAUCAGUAUUUUAAUAAAAAUUUAAGGUAUUUACUGGAAUCUCCAACGUGCAUGAUUGAAAAUCUUGAUCCGCUGAACGAAGAAAUAAAAGAAUUUCAUUGGAAAGUCCCGAAACACGAAUGCAGCAAGUAUAAAUUGCUCAGCUAUAUCACGAAAACCGACACAGCUGUAAAUUUAAACAUCAACCGGAGCCUUUUCAAAACUUACUCAUACUUAAAAAUUACCUGUUGUUACUCCGAAAUAUACAGAGACAAUACCGGUAAUUUGCCUGAUGAAACGAUAAAACAAUCUGACUGUUUCCCGAUUGAAUCGUCAGUGGCAGUAACACAUGAUAUUAUCAAGGUAGAAUGCAGGUCUCCUUUCAAUUCGAUUUACUCGAACGUUCACCAUAUAAUCCAACCUGUGCCAAAAUCCGUAAAAACCGAUAAACCGAGCAUAUUACUUUUAGGAAUUGACGGAAUGUCUAAAUUAAACUUCAUGAGGUCGAUGCCCAAAACGUUCACCUACUUGGAAUCGUACGAUUGGAUCGGACUCAAGGGUUACAACAAAAUAGAGGACAACACUUAUCCGAAUCUAAUGGCCUUUUUGACCGGCCAAAAUUGGACGGACUCGGACAAGCUUUGCGACCCGACAGUCAUUGGCAAACUGGACGGUUGUAAUUUCAUUUGGAAGGAGUUCAAGAAGUUGGGUUACACGACUGCUUACGGUGAAGACACCAAAGUGUCCACCUUUAAUUAUCUCAAAAAGGGUUUCCUGAACCCUCCGACGGACGUGUACCUGAAACCGUAUGUGAUCGCCUCGCUGAAUCUGUCGACGAAGUGGUACUGCAGCACGUACUAUUGCUCGGGUCCCGAGAACGCUGGUCAGAGGAUGUUAGAUUCCGUGUUGGAUUUUAGCGUUACGUAUAAAAACGUGCCGACUUUCGGCCUCUUCUGGAUCAACACGUUCAGUCACGACGACAUAAACUGCGCAACAAGCAUGGACGCGGACGUUGAAAUGCUGUUGAGGAAAUUGUAUGUUGAAGAAAUCCUGAACGAUACCAUAGUCGUGCUGUUAAGCGAUCACGGAUUUAGGUACGGGAAUAUUAGGUAUACCCACACAGGAUACAUGGAGGAAAGACUGCCGUUUAUCUACUUCUGGAUACCGGAGGGAUAUAGGAAGAGGUACGUGAAGGAGUACGAGGAACUGAAGAGAAACGCACAAAGACUUACAAGUCCUUACGACUUGUAUAUGACGCUGCAACACGUGUUGAAACAAGUCGACCCCAAAUAUGUGAUAAAAGAGAGUAGAGGCUGUUCAAAAUGUCACUCGCUGAUGGAAACGAUUAAAAACGAUAGAGUUUGUUCGGACGCUGGAAUUCCAGAUUACUAUUGUUCCUGCACAAAAUACUUCACAACCAGUUUAAACCGUCCUAUAGUUAAGGAAUUGGGGGAGUUUUUGGUUGGGGAGAUUAACGCAAAAGUCGCAUCUUAUGGAUCAGAAGCCAAAGGCUGUGCUUACUAUAUUUUAUACAAAGUAUUAUCGGUUAAGUCUUUAAUUAAUAAGGAUAAAAAUGAAGAAACGUUCCUAAUUAAAAUUAAAACAUUUCCAGAAACAAUAAUGGAGGCUAGCAUUAACGUUAACUAUGCGAAGCAUGUUUUUAAAAUUGUUGACAAUAUUAGUAGACUAGAUCGGUAUGGACCGAGAAGUUAUUGUGUUAAAGGUUCAAAAGUAUCUUAUUAUUGUUAUUGCAAAUCUUUAUUUAUGUACGUUAAUCAUGUUUUGUGUAAUAAUAUAUUUUGUUUCUUAUAAUCUUUGGGUUUAAUUAAUAAUCGAAACAAUUUUAAGGAAUCGGGCAUUGAACGAUUGGAAUGCAAACGUUACGGGAAUUCCGGGCGAAACCUCUGUUGCAAUAACAGCCGUCGUUACAUCUGAUGUUGACGAUCGGACAUGUUUGACCCAGUGUUGCGCAUGUUGUUUGGCAUGCACUUCCACAUUCGUAAUGUUCGUUUGGUCUGUCACAAACGAUUUUGUAGGGCGAAUAAUCUGCAAAAAUUUGUUGGAUAAUUGAUACCAAAGAUUUAAAAUAAUAUUAAUACCUGAAAUAUAAGCAGAAGAAAUUCCGGCUAUGCACAAAAACAGAAUCACCAUGAAUUUGAACAUUUUCUUGCGUUUCUUGACAAGUUAACAAAGUGGUGGGAUUAUAUACCACCAGAAAGUGAUACUAUAAUCUUAAAUGUUAAAAAAUUGUAGGACACUAACACGACGAUUUUAAAUAAAACGCUAGUUAGUUUCUUGCAAGUAUUAAUUUAUAUUUAAAUUGAGUUGAUGGCCUCAACCCAAAUGUGUUAUUUAAAAAAUUUAUAACUUCCUGGCAUAAAUAAUAAAACACUUUUUUACGCAUUA